GACCCGGGUCUUGUUACCAACAAUCGACUGCACGAUUCCACGAACCGAUCCUAUCUUCCUUCGCUCUUGUCCAUCGUCCCAGAUAAUGAACUAGUGCGAACGUGGCGUACCAAGGAUUCUUUUGCAUUUAGUUUGAAACAUUCGUGCGAUCUUCACCUACUACAACGUCCGCUCUCCGCUAUGGAGACCACUGUCACUCAUCGGCCAUGGGAGCCUGCCACCACAGGGCAACAAAGCCCUCCAAUCCCAUCGUCGAGCCAAACUCUCCCUUCGAUAUCAACUCUCACCGCAAGCAUGACCACCACCGCCGCCAUGCACACGGCUGAAAAGUCGCCCGGGAACGCCUCGUUAAAUACGAUCGAGCGAGACUCGGGAAAUUGGUCAAUGCCUCAAAGUACAAGGUCCUCCACCUACUCGACCGCCACAAAUGGAACCAAUAACUACCCCUCCCUCUCCUUCCUUACCACCACCGCUCAACCCUCUCCGAAUCGUGUCUCUGGCAUCUCCGACCGCUCACCCUACCCCAAUGACCACUCUAAUACCAAUACCCCACCCUCCGCUGGAGCUCAACCCUCCCCCAACUUUGGCUCCUCGCAGCAGCCUUCAGCACUUCCGUCAAUCAAUCAGAACUAUGAAGGUCCAUCUCAACGGGGCAGCGUGGCUGAUCCUCCCGAGUCGCGUCGCAGCAGCGUGGAUAGUCGGGUGAACCAGGCAAUCAGCUCCUUGGUCAUCAACCCAGCUUCUCCCUACCACAGCACCAAUGCGUCCCAGUCAUCCAUCGUCUCCGGUCUCCAAAGAGAGCGGGGAAUCCCGACAGAUGUCAACAUGGCCAAUGUUUACCGCGGUCCCCGAUACUCGGGGGGUCAACCUCUCUCCCCGUUGGGCCCGCGGGGCGAGCAUCGUAGCUUUGCGGCUGGCCGCACAGCACCUGCGAUUUCGUCCAACCCUCGUUCCGAGAUUUACAAUGCGGAGGCACCCACGGCUGGUUUGGCCUAUGCCUUCCCAGACCCGGAUGUGGCACGAUCCAAUUCGGUCUCUUCUACCACUGAAAAGUCGAGCCAUCAAUUAUUUCGGAAGGGCAGCGCUGCCGAGUCCGUCACAAGUAGCAUAUACUCCGAUUCACGCUUACCUCGUGGCCAGCAUGAACUUCCUCAAAAUGUACACCAUCAUUCAAUGCAACAUAAACAAGUCCGUGAUUUGAUUGGAGACCCCGAUCAACACGGCGGCACCCCAUACAGCCGAACACCGGAGCUGAGGGUGACACAUAAAUUGGCGGAGCGAAAGCGUCGGAGCGAGAUGAAAGAUUGCUUUGAGUCUUUGCGAGUGCGUCUUCCGCAGAGCCAGAACAACAAAUCCAGCAAAUGGGAGACGCUCACAAGAGCAAUUGAAUACAUCUCACAACUGGAAAAAACGGUUAAUAGUGUACGCCGGGAGAACUCGGUUUUGAGGACCGAGAUGGAAGAGAUGCGGGCUCAGCUCGGCCAGCAACAGGCCAACGGACAUUCUCGACCCGCAUCUAUCUUUGAACAUCAUCCAAUGGCAGGACCGCAGGCGAAUGGACAGCCUCAGGGCCCGAUAUUCUCCAACUACGGUCCCGGGCCUGGCAUGGUCCAGGAACAGCCCCGUACUUUACCGCCUCUGAUGAACGGUUCUGUCGCCCCCAUGCAGGGUGUGCAAUAUACCGAUGAACGGCGGUAAUGUUGAUGCGGAUGAAUUGUUAUGUAUAUGGAUUGCAGCGACAAGUUUGAUGAUGAUGUCGGCUCAGUUGACCGUUAUUUGUCCUUUGUUUUAGACGCGAAACGGCUUUGUAUUAAACUCAUGAUCCUAGAUCUGAUUCGGGUGGCUUAUCUC